CCACUACCUCUUCUUCUACCAUCAACUUUCUACCCGCAGCAGCCGCCAAAGAGCCUGCUUUCCGCACCUGCAUACACAAAAGCAUCUGCCGACCGCGAACGCGUCAUGUCUGAGGCAGCUCCCCAUACCAACAUCAGCGACUUGCACGACCAGGACACUCCUGUGCCCUCCGUCGAAGACAGCCAUACCAACGGCAGCUCGCACGUGGACAACGCAAAGAACAGCUUCAUGGAUUCACAAUCCGCCAUGGCCGCCGUUUCCAACCACCCGGCCACGCAGACCCUCAGGGACAAUAUCAGCAAUGGACCCGUCGGAGAAGCAGCCAAAGCGCAAUCCGCGAAGACGAGGAGUGAAUUCGCUGACCUCGCAAAUGCCCGACAAACACCAGAGCAGCCGGCUGCGACGGGCCAGCCUCUUACGCACUAUCACAGCAUGUUCUACCGACUGCUCAGCUGGAAGAACCCUCGCGCAACCGCUAUCUCCUUCAUCGCUACCCUCUUCUUCAUCUUCGCCGCACGAUACCUGAACCUCAUCCGCUACAUGUUCAAGGCUACAUGGAUGACUCUGGGUGCAACGGCCGCCGCAGAAGUUGCGGGUCAAGUGGUCCUGGGCAAGGGAAUUACCUCUCAGUUCCGGCCGAGGCAGUACUUCACCAUUCGGAAGGCUUCGCUUGAGCGGCUCCUGGAUGAUGUCGAGCAGUUCAUCAACUUCUUCGUUAUUGAAUCCCAGAGGAUUCUGUUCGCCGAGAACGUCUACGCAACCAUUGCGGCGUUCUUCGCUUCCCUGGUCUCGUACUUCCUCAUCAAGUUUGUCCCGCUUUGGGGCUUGACUCUGAUCGCCACGACCAUCGCCUACAUGGGUCCUCUUGUGUACAUCAAGAACAAGGAGGCCAUUGACGCCCAGCUUGAGAAGGGCUACCACAUGGCCAACCAGCAAGCUACACAACUGAGGGAUCUCGCUGCCCAGCACACUGGAAAUGCAACCAAGACCCUCCAGGGAUACACCAGGGAGUAUACGACCAAGGCGCAGGAGACAAUCAACCAAUACCGUGGACGCUCUACUUCUCCAGAGGUCAAGAAGGAGGACUUCCCGGUGGCGCCCAAGCACGAGCCGGCUUCUGAGAAGGAGCCCGUUGCUGAGCCUGCUAUGUAGGCGCCAGAAAAGAUGCCCAGGGCAGCCUCUUCCUUCCGACAAUCCAUCAAGGCUGCACUCAAGACGGGUUAUAUGCAGAACGAUCUGCCAUAUCCCUAAUGUCCCCUGUCUCACAUCACGCAUCCGGAAACUCACGAUGACCACGGACUCAUGAAUAAUGGCUGGUCUCCAACGAUAACUCACGAACACCCGCAAAUUGGAUCCCUUGCACUGCAGCGAUUCCACCGCUUGUGUAUUGUAUCUCCUUAAAAG